AGUCACGUGGUGAGGCUCCUGUCAGGAGGACGGUGGAGAACCAGAGGGUAUUUUGGGGGGAAAGCAGACACAAGUGUGGAGCUGGAGAUGCUGUAGGCACUUUCCUUUUCUAGGAUGUCAACUUUCUGGUUGUCUUUUUGUUUGCUUCCUCUCUGGACAGUCCUUCCAGUCACAGCUGGUAAACCAUGUGCUGCCCAGAGUUUUGGGGGGACUUCAGUGGUUUGUGUGUGCAAUGCGACAUACUGUGAUACGAUAGACCCACUGGUGUUACCAAAGAAAGGCUAUUACCUUUUAUAUGAAACCAGCAAGGCUGGCAAAAGGCUUGAGAGCAAAACCGGAAAAAUCCUGACUAAUACCAAACAACAAGGUUUGCAGCUGAUCUUUGAUGUGAAGAAGAAAUACCAGCGGAUUAAAGGCUUUGGUGGUGCAAUAACCGAUGCUGCAGCCAUUAACAUUCUGUCUCUUUCUGCCGGAUCCCAGGAAAAUCUCCUCCGAUCCUAUUUCUCUGAAGAAGGAAUUGAGUACAAUAUUAUCCGUGUACCAAUGGCAAGUUGUGAUUUUUCUACACAUGUGUACACGUAUGAUGACUAUCCUGGAGACCUGGAUCUCCAGCACUUCAGUUUGACAGAGGAAGACACCAAAAUGAAGAUCCCAAUAAUACAGGCAGCCAAGGCAUUGUCCAAACGCCCCUUGUACUUGUUUGCCAGUCCGUGGACUGCUCCAGCCUGGAUGAAAACAAACAAUUCAACGAUUGGGAAGGGUACCUUGAAGGGAAAGCCUGGGGGACAAUACUACAAGUUAUGGGCAAACUACUUCAUCAGGUUUCUGGAUGAAUAUGCAAAACACAACCUCACUUUUUGGGCUGUGACGAUACAGAAUGAGCCCACCACAGGGCUGAUAACUAACUACAGCUUCCAGUGCAUGGGAUUCACAGCAGAGCUGCAGCGAGACUUCAUUGUGCUUGAUCUGGGACCUGCAUUACAGAACAGUACUCACAAGGACGUGCAGCUCAUGAUCCUAGAUGACCAGAGAAUCUUAUUGCCGUACUGGGCAAAAGUGGUCCUGGGUGAUGUGCAUGUGGCUCAAUAUGUGCACGGUGUUGCAGUGCACUGGUACCUCGAUAUGCUGACACCAGCUGAUAAAACUCUGGGUACUACACACUAUCUCUUCCCAGAAUAUUACCUGUUUUCUUCAGAGGCCUGCACUGGAUUCAUGCCAUGGGAACACAGAGUACAACUGGGAAGCUGGGAACGAGGUGCCAUGUACAGCCACGACAUCAUCCAGAAUCUGAAUAAUUUUGUAACUGGUUGGACAGAUUGGAACAUGGCCUUGAACUUGCAAGGUGGUCCUAACUGGGUGAAAAACUUUGUAGACAGUCCAGUCAUCGUGAACAGCAGUCAGGACACCUUCUACAAACAGCCCAUGUUGUACCACAUGGCACACUUCAGUAAGUUUGUUCCUGAGGGCUCUCUACGUGUUGGACUUGAUCCCAGUGCUGCUACUGAGCUGGAAACCGUGGCUUUCCUCCGUCCAGAUGGGAGUGCAGUCGUCAACGUACUAAACUGGACCCCGAAUGACAUUGAUUUUGUGAUCUGGGACCCAGAACAUGGCUUUAUCAAAGCACAUUCACCUGCAGAAUCUAUCCAGUCUUAUUUAUGGAAAUUGCACUAAAUCUUUCACAAGAUGUGGCAGUGAGGUCAUCCCUGAUAUGAAGAACCAUUAGCUGCACAAUGCUAAUAAUUACACAAAUUUAUUAAUUUGUGUGCUUUGGUAUGUUCUUUUCUCCAUUUUAUUACACUUCCUCAACUUGUUUUGAAACUUUAUUACUCCAUUCAUGAUCAAUGGAAAGUAUCAGUACUGCAUAUCAUCAGCAAAUAACUGUUUCGACUCAUGAAGCAGAGUGUAAACAACUUUCCAAUAAUUCUCUUUGGUGUUGGGGAAACUUCUAGGACUGCAAUUCAGGACAGAAUUAAUUGUCACAUAGAUAAUUGUGCAUUAAUUAAGGAGACCCAGCAUGGAUUUCUUAAGGGAAAAUCAUGUUUAACUAGCUUGCUAGUGUUUUUCAAAAACGUAACAGAGCAGGUUGAUGAGGGCAAUGCUGUUGAUGUGGUGUAUAUGGACUUCUAAAGGGCAUUUGAUACAGUGCCACAUGACAGAUUAGUGAGCAAAGUUAUAGCUCAGGGAAUAGGAGGGACAGUAGCAUCAUGGAUACAAAAUUGGCAGAGUGACAAGAAACAGAGGAGUGAUUAAUGGAUGUUUUGGAAGCUGGACAAAGAUUUGUAGCGGAGUUCCCCAGGUAUUGGCACCCUUGACUUUCCUGAUAUAUAUUAAAUCUAGACCUGGUAUACAGGGAACAAUUUCAAAAUUUGCAAUGAUACAAAAGUUGGAAACAUCGUAAACUGUGAGGAGGACAGCACAGGUCUUCAAUAGGGCAUAGACAAGCCAGUGGGAAGUGUGGACAGGUAGCAGAUGAAGUUCGAUGCAGAGAAAUAUGAGGCCAUUUUGGUAGGAAGAACAUGGUGUUAUGUAAAUAAGACAUUAAAGAAAUCCAAACUGUG